UUUCCCUUUGUGCCAUGCAUACCUGUAGUCAACACCAAAAGUACACGAAGGUGUUGUAAAUAUCUAUAUGACCUACGCUAACAAUUUAUUGUAGGAAUCAACAAAAAGACAUGGGCUACGAACUAUUUGCUUUUGCUAUUGUUGUAGCACUGAUGGCCAUUUACGUAUACAACAAUGAACGAAGAAUGGGGGAAAUGAUAUAUAAACUUGACCAAACAGCUCAGCUACAGCAGGUAUUGCAUUUUGUUGAUACCAAGUUUUCAGAAAUUGAAAAGAAAACUAGGACGAAACUGGAAGAAGCUGAAAACAGACACAAAUUAACGACUGAUCAUCUACAAAAACAUAUUGAUGACAUAACAAAACUAAGUCCGUCCAUAGUGACGUUUCUAGCACGUUUGGUUUCACCAGCCUAUGGCGCUAUUGCGGCUAAAGCUACUGUAAAGUUCGAAGCAAUAAAAGAAAAUAUUGGGAAUGGAUACAACAGCGGAACAGGGAUUUUUACUGCUCCUACCAAGGGUCUCUAUCAUUUCACAGCUUCAGCAAGACAAAGCAGAAGUGGAUAUUUGCACUUAGGAAUGUUCCGAAACGGAGAAGAAAUGGCAGUUUCUGUAGCAUUGAAUUACAAUUCUCUAACAAUUGGUACAACAUUCACACUUCAAUCUGGUGAUCGUGUUUACGUCAAGAAUAUAUGGUCUCGGGCCUCUGGCAUCGUUGGCGGUGGACAAACUUAUUUCUCUGGUAGUCUUUUACACAAAAUGUAAAGAAUAUACUCAUUAAAUAAAAUAUUUGUUAUUUGUUUA